GAACAACAAUAUUUGGCAAAUGUCAACGACAGAGAAUUGGCCAUGUAACCAAAAAAUUGUUGUACAUUCAAGUCAAGAGCAAAAUAUAUCAAAUUUGAUUGUUAAAUUGUCAGAAAAAUUAAAUUAAAUUAAAAUGUUUACUUUGUGGUCAUUAAUUGAAGCGUCGAUGCUGUGCCUGAAUGCCAUUUGCAUUCUGCAUGAAGAACGAUUUCUAGCGAAAGUUGGCUGGGGAGCAAAUAGUAUGGCUCAAAGCUUUGGCGAACCCACGGCAAAGGCUCAAAUCCUCAAUAUCGUUCGAAGCAUUCGCACUGUUGCAAAAAUUCCACUUAUUGUCCUCAACAUCCUGGCGAUUGUGAUAAAACUAAUACUGGGAUAGUAGUGUUAGCUGUCUAUGGACGUACCAAAUUAAAACCAACUCAAUUGAAUUUCCUUAAAUGUUAAAUUUGUAUUUCCUUUUUUCUUCGUCUAAUUAGUUAUCAACAUAAAUAAAACGGAAGCGGUUCAUUGAACAA